UCAGUCUCUUCUUCUUGAUUGCCCACGGCGCGAAUAUUUUAUCCCGCGGCCGUUCUGGCUCAAGGCCUCUGCUGUGCGCGCAGUGGAAGUCGUCACCCUAGCCUGCCGCACAUGGCCGUCAUCCACAGCUUAGCGCUGGUCCUACCACACUUGUUUCAUGUGGCCGCUGUGAAUAGUCUUUCACGGCUUUCUUCAGUGGCUGCCCGUGACACUCCCGCAUCACAGCGUAUCAUGAAUUUCAGCGAGCCCGGACUGUGCUACGCUGCGCCCAUGAGCAGGACGUUCAGAAGGCAUUGGGAUCAAAUCCAAGAAAAUGUCGACCAUGGGAAGCGGUUGGCCUUGGACAAGAAGGUGAUAUUUGCUGGCCUCGUGCGCAACGCGGAAAAGUUCGUGGUUAACAACUACGACAUGUUGAGGCGUCUCGGCCUGCAUUUCAAGGAUUACCAGUUCCACAUAUUCGAGAGUGACUCUACUGAUGACACUCCCUACGCUGUGAGCAUUCCUUCUCCAUGGGAUGCCCGGUACAGUUUCCAGACUAGGGUUUUAAACAUGUCGGACGAGCGAGGGUUGGAAAGGCCCAGAAUGGAGCGGAUGGCCACUCUGCGGAAUAUGGUCCGUGAUUGGAUCGAGGAUUUUGUUAGCACGCGCCAUGGUUGGGAUUUGGUUGUUCAGUAUGACUUCGAUAAUGCGUUCGCUCCGCGUGCCAUUCCACCUCAUGCGUUUUUUAACGCGUUGGGCCGGCAGGAGACUCGGAAUGGAGACUGGGACAUGCUUUGCGCUAACGGUCUGAGGCACCAAUGCGGCAGCACAGAGUGCCAGGCUGGUCACUACGAUUGUUCGGCUUUUCGGGAUACGCAGUUCGAUUCGCUCAAUUCUGCUUGCCAUAACGGCUUGGCCGAAAAUAUGUUCGCCCAGUACGACUUGGUGCCCGUACACUCGUGCUUCGGUGGGCUAGCCAUGUACAACACGCAGAAGUUCUUGGACUGCCACUACAACACGAGCGCGCACGACUCUGAGCACGUCGGGUUCCACAGCUGCAUGCGCCAGCGAGGCAGCGACGGCCGCAUGUUCAUGGAUCCGCUCCUGACGGUGAUCGCCGACCCCAUCACCCCACUGGUGUGCACCGCAGACGUCGCGGCCUUCUGAGCCGAGCGGCCGCACUGCGCUGCACGCGCCGCUGGCAGGCCUGACCACUGGAGGAGGAGGAGGAGGAGGAGGAGGAGAAGGAGGAGGAAGAGGAUGAGUCGUGCAUGCUGUAGGGGAGCACAGCAAAUCGAGCGGUGGUUCGCGCAGGCUGCGCUGGAUCUCAAGGAAUAUCUGGAAUUGGUCGUCGAUUGAGGCGUCAUCUAUCC